ACAGACUCGGCUCUUUUAAGCAUCACGACCAGCUCCAGUGUGAGCCGCGCGGACACUGUGGAGCCUGUGCGGAUGGAGGACAAGACUGUUACUAUAUAUUUUUAAACGGCAACCUUCUUUCAUCACAUAUUUCUAGUCGGGAUGUUGAUGAUUUGAUUAUUUUGAACGCGCCUCACAAAGCAGCGAUAUUUGUAAUGACGUGAUUCCGUUUGCUGCACACUCUCAGCGUGAUAUGCUAUGGUGUUUCUUGGAGCUAAUCCGAAGCUAACAGCGCCAGGGUUGUUUUGGGAGCUACGUUCUUGAUACACCUUUUUAUACGUAUACAUGAGUCAAAUAUUUCUUGAAAUAUUGUCAAGCUGGAAUACACAAGGGAAUGUCUAACCAAGGAGUGAGGAGAAAUGGCCCGGUAAAGCUGCGUUUGACAGUGCUUUGUGCCAAGAACCUGGCAAAGAAAGACUUCUUUCGUUUGCCCGAUCCUUUUGCCAAAGUUGUGGUGGACGGCUCAGGACAAUGCCACUCAACAGAUACUGUGAGAAAUACAUUGGACCCAAAGUGGAAUCAGCACUACGACCUAUAUAUCGGAAAGGCUGACUCCAUCACCAUCAGUGUUUGGAACCACAAAAAGAUCCAUAAAAAACAGGGCGCAGGAUUCUUGGGGUGUGUCCGACUCUUGUCCAAUGCCAUCAACAGACUCAAAGACACUGGCUAUCAGAGACUGGAUCUGAAUAAGCUCAGUCCAAAUGACAAUGACACUGUGAGAGGGCAAAUAGUAGUGAGUCUUCAAUCCAGAGAUCGCAUUGGGUCAGGAGGGCCGGUGGUAGACUGUAGUCGUCUGUUUGACAAUGACUUGCCCGAUGGCUGGGAAGAGAGGAGGACAGCCUCUGGACGCAUUCAGUACCUAAAUCACAUCACUAGAACAACUCAGUGGGAGAGACCAACCAGGCCAGCGUCCGAGUACUCCAGUCCCUCAGGACGUCCCCUCAGCUGUGUGGUGGAUGAGAACACCCCUGUGAUGACCCCUAUCAAUGGGGCAGAGGCCAGCGGUCCGCCCGGAGAGCAUCGGAUCCAGGAGAGACGUGUCCGAUCGCAGCGCCACCGGAACUACAUGAGCAGGACACAUCUGCACACACCUCCUGAUCUGCCCGAGGGAUACGAGCAAAGAACCACUCAGCAAGGUCAAGUCUACUUUCUCCACACCCAGACGGGGGUGAGCACAUGGCAUGACCCUCGGGUGCCCAGGGACCUAAGCAAUGUGAACUGUGAAGAACUGGGCCCACUGCCUCCGGGCUGGGAGAUCAGAAACACUGCCACAGGACGAGUCUAUUUUGUGGAUCACAACAAUCGCACGACUCAGUUCACAGACCCACGACUGUCUGCCAACCUCCAUCUUGUGCUAAACCCAAGUCCAAAUGGAUCCCGCGUGGCCAUGGAGAGCCAAAACACUAACCUCAGUCACCAGAACCAGACUAAAGAGCCGGUUGCUCCUGGGGGUCCUCCACAGCCCCUGUCCCCUGCCCAACUGCCUGAAGAGGCAGAGUGUUUGACGGUGCCCAAAUACAAGAGAGACCUGGUGCAGAAGCUGAAGAUCCUGCGCCAGGAGCUAUCCCAGCAGCAGCCACAGGCUGGCCAUUGCCGCAUCGAGGUCUGCCGCGAGGAGAUUUUUGAGGAGUCAUAUCGACAAGUCAUGAAGAUGCGUCCAAAAGAUCUCUGGAAAAGACUCAUGAUCAAGUUCAGAGGAGAGGAGGGACUGGACUAUGGUGGUGUUGCCAGAGAAUGGUUGUACCUACUGUCUCACGAAAUGUUGAACCCAUACUAUGGCUUGUUCCAAUACUCCAGAGACGACAUCUACACGCUACAGAUAAACCCAGACUCUGCUGUCAACCCGGAACACCUGUCAUAUUUCCAUUUUGUGGGCCGCAUCAUGGGGAUGGCGGUUUUCCAUGGCCACUACAUCGAUGGAGGAUUCACGCUGCCGUUUUACAAACAGCUGCUGGGAAAACCCAUCACCCUGGAUGACAUGGAGUCUGUGGACCCGGAUCUGCAUAACAGCCUUGUCUGGAUCCUGGACAAUGACAUAACAGGAGUCCUAGAUCACACAUUCUGUGUGGAGCAUAACGCUUAUGGAGAAAUUAUCCAACACGAGCUCAAGCCCAACGGGAAGAGCAUCCCCGUCUCCGAGGAAACAAAGAAGGAAUAUGUCAGGUUAUAUGUCAACUGGCGUUUCCUGCAUGGGAUCGAGGCUCAGUUUUUGGCUCUGCAAAAAGGCUUCAACGAGGUCAUCCCACAACAUCUACUUAAAUCUUUUGAUGAAAAGGAACUAGAGCUGAUUGUGUGUGGUCUGGGUAAGAUUGACAUCACAGACUGGAAAUCAAACACUCGUCUGAAGCACUGCACUCCAGACAGCAACAUCGUCAAGUGGUUUUGGAAAGCCGUGGAGUCGUUUGACGAGGAGAGGAGAGCCCGUCUGCUGCAGUUUGUCACCGGCUCAUCCAGAGUGCCACUGCAAGGCUUUAAGGCUUUACAAGGAGCUGCAGGACCCAGACUUUUUACCAUUCACCAGAUUGAUGCAAACACCAACAACCUGCCCAAAGCCCAUACCUGCUUUAAUCGGAUCGACAUUCCACCUUACGAGAGUUAUGACAAGCUUUACGAUAAGUUGCUGACGGCGAUCGAGGAGACGUGCGGCUUCGCUGUGGAGUGAUUUUGGAUGUUGGCGAUAUUGGACACAUGAAGAACUGUCAGACUUUCGCCCUCUUCCGGGCCGUGCACACAGACCCCAUCAAAGCCGCGUCACCCCGGACACAACGCAGUCUUCCUCCUCUCACCGCGCUCCAUAUUCUUCCACCUCUUUCAAAACAGCUGCUAUGACAUUGACUCACUGUCUAAAUGUUUUGUUGUUUCAUAGUGCAGUUCCUUUGAUAUCUAUUAAAACCAGAAGAAGGUGCUGAAGGUUUGUACUAUUUGAUUUGUAUCACAGUUGUGUAAAUGAGAAGUGUUUUUUACUUGUCUGAAAAGGCCCUCGACGAAAAAGAUACAACGCCUCUUCCAUUGUUGCUAACGAUAACACUUGUUUAAGCUAUUUGGGAAGUUAUACAGUAGCAUGGCGAAAACCUAUUUUAAUCUUGCCCAAAGUAGCCAUUUGACCUCAACAAAUUCACUUUUCUGUUGGUGUUGCGCAUCACUUCAUCAUCCUACCUCAAAGUUUAAGAAUUGCUUUUGAACACGAGUUAAUAUUUGAAUGCAACACCUCUAUUGGUGGUUUUCAGAUUAUAGAUUGUGAUGUGAUACUUCCAGAUGGGAGCAAGAGCUGGAUUUACUUUUGUGUGGAUUUCUGAGUGAUGAAAAGUAGUACCACUGCCAUGCAAGCAGCUUAAAACUAAAUAUUCUAGCUUUUCAAUGAUGCCUUAAUAUCUAAAAAAGUAAAUUCAAAUUCCAAACAAUUUAAUUCAUUGAUCUUUUCACAACUAUUAGUGAGAAUACCUUAAGAACUGAAAAGAACAGCAUUUUAACAAUAUUCAGCGGCCUCCAUCUAAUUUAAAGGUACACUAUGGAACUUUUUUGGUGGAGUUGUUAGCACUGAGAUGUUUUGCUUUGCCUGGAAUGUUUCACAGUAUGGCAUUAAACGCAUCCAUGUUUUAUUGUUUAAAAAAUAUUGAAAUCUGUGUGGAGCAGUGUUGCCUCUCCACAGAGCUGAUGUGUAACUUGGCUUCACCUGCUUGUCUUCAUGGAAAUGGACAGGUUUAGUUCCAUGCUGUGGAAGAUGUGAGGCCUUGCAGUUUUGUCUCCAUGGGGAUGUUGGACCCUGCACCAGAAAAGUUACGUAGUGCAGCUUUUAAUUAUUAUUAUCGAACUAUACAAUUUUAUGUCGUCAUCUGAAAUCCACCAAUUUAUUAUGGGUGUUUUAUUUUAGUCCUGCAGCACUUCUUGAGUGUUAAAGUGCUUAUGACAGGUUGGAUUUACUCAUUUCACUAAAACACACUUAUUUUUCAAGAUUUAGCAUAAAAAGUUUGGCAAUAUUUUUAGCUUUCACAUUUUACUUACUGGUUCUAAAAAGCAGUUGGAAAAAAGUUGAAAAACAUAUUGAAAAUUACAGGAAGAGUUUCAUUUUAGAGAGUCCCAUAUUGAUGACAUCACACUGUUACCUAGCAACCAUUGUACACUGGGCCAAAACUUCUCUAAUAUACACGAGAGAGGAGAUUAUGAUUUGACAAAUAUAAGUAAACAUUAUUUCAACAGAUAAAUGUGUUUUUAGUAUCAGAAAAAUGUUUCUUGUGUAAAUUGUGCCAAACUUUGUGAUAAAAAUUCUCCCAGUGUGAUCACAUCAAUAUAGGACUCUACUUCCAGUAAUUUUCAACAUAUUGUUUAACUUUUCAUCACAAAUUGCUCGUGAUCGGCGUAAAUAUAAUUUACAUUUACAACAGAGGACUAGAGAAACAUCCAAACCUGCCAUACGCACUUUAAGUAUGUGUUUGUGAUGGGCAUUUUAAAAUAUUGAGCGACUCUGGUGGAAAACAAGUGAAGUCCUAAAUUCAUUCAUAAACUCUCUGCCCAACUUUUCGUCUAACUGCUGUCGAGCUGACCAGCCUCUUAGCCUCAUUAAAAGCGGCGAAAAAAGCAGUUUUGUCACACCAAACACCAAAAAAACAAACGUAUGAACUCACCUUUGUCGUCUUAUGCACGAUUUGGGCCAUUUAAAUACACGUUAGGAGGACUUUGGGCUUCCUUUGAGCUAGGUUUGGUCUUCCUUUUCUUCCACGUUACCUUCAGCACAGUUACGUACAAUGAAUACAUUUAGUGGGAUUAUAUUUUAAAUGGGCCCUCGAGCUUCUAAUCUUCACGUGCCGUUCAUUUAAAAAUCGUUUCCCCUCCCCCCGUGGUCACUUUAGAGCACUUUAUACGAUGAGUGAUGAGUGCUUUUUUUUAUCAUUAAGAUCAAAUGUAUCAAUGUCUUUUGUUAUACAUCUGCAUCAGUAAUAUACAGAAAUAUACCCACCUGUAAUAUUGAGUAUAUAUGUACAAAACAUAGCUAUUUUGUAUAUUGUGGCUUGAUCUUUCUAUUUGUUUUAAAUGCGUGCAUGUUUGGUGUCUGCCAGAGACCUCUUUCUCAGGUGAAGUCUACUUUUUUUCUUUUUUUUUUAUCGUUUAUGUUAAAGGCUAGUAUGUGAAGAGACCUACCACUUGAUUUACUGGGAACUACAUUACCCACAAUUCCUGUAAAACAUGUUAGCCGUUCAAAGAUACUCCAACCCGAGUUAUUCAUUAGUACAGUGGUUUUCAAAGUAGCACAUUUGUGAAUUUGACAGUUUAAAUACAAAAGGGUCACUAAUAUUAAACUUUGAGAUGGACGAGCCGAUAUUUAGUCUUUUUAGAGUAUCUGCUGUUUGACUUCAAUCGACAAGAAAGGCCGAUCUUUAGUUUGUGCCGAACAGCCGCCUAAAAACUGUUUAUUUGAACACUUAAAUGUGAGGAGAUACCUGCACAACAGACUGAGACUACACAACUCUCUCGUAGAUUUAUGCUCAAAAUGGAUGUGGGUGAGUUUGUAGUCCAUUUUAAAUGAUAGAAUGUGGGGAAAAUAAUCAAGAUCUGUCCUAAAUAUUGGCCAAAAAAUAUGGGCAGAGCUUAUCGGCCAUUGGUUGCUCUGGAUUUGAAACGAUAUUGGCAUCAAAUGUGGGGGAAAAAAAACAUAUCGGUCCAUCUCUAAUCUGUCUAAACACUGAAACAAAAAAACUCUGCGGCUUAGACCAUAGACUGUACAUAUAAAUGGACAUAGCUAAGCCACUAGCCGCCACGUUCUAAAUAGGAAGUGAUCAUGGGUGCACUUCCAGCUCAAUUGACUGGCUCCAAUUCACUUUACAUUGAAAAACUGCCGCCCCUCUCUCUGUAACUGCUGCUGUCAGGCUCAUCGUUUUGGUCUUAAAAUCCUCAAAUUAACUUUCUGUACAUGAUCUUGUUGUUUUUGGUUAAAUAUAUCUAAAUAUGAACAUUAAUAACGGACAAAUCAGGCGUCGUCUUUCCCUGAGGUUGCGCCCGCUCCCAUUAGCAACAGGUUUGAUUGACAUUGUUGCUCCUUGCUAAACCAGUGGUGCGGGCAGGAAGGGGCGUCGCCUUCAUCAGCCUCACUCCGGAUUGGCUCUUUGGUUGCUACGAUACUCGCGGUCGAACUUCCAAAUAUGGAAAUCGGCUCCAAAUUUGCCUCUAUAACUAAGGCUAUGGGUGACAUCGCAGUCCCUUGGUCCACUUCUUUAUACAGUCUAUGGCUUAAACUCAAACCACUGUUAAAGGCGCGGUCUCUUAAGGAAACGACCUCGGGCCACAAAUGAUCCAAAAGUGGACCCCGAUAUUUAUUCGCAUUAUUGAAAUUACGAAACGUUUAACAUGUUUGACAAUAUUGUGUUUUGUAAUUCACAGAAAAGGUUUAAAGUCCUAAAUAAGAUAAAUUGUAUGUUUCUGUCACUCAGCAAAAAAAAAAAAAAGAGAGAACACAUUAAAAUCUUUGCACAUCUCCACAUCUCCUCUUGACCAAAUACAUGUGCUGACUGACCACUAUAUACGUACACAGCACAUGCACCUCCCUCCUCGGCCUUUGCUCUCUUUUUCUGUGGGGACAGUGCUUCCAGACCAAGAAUGAUCAACAAGUUCAACCUAAUCUCAGUAUUUUUGUGAUCUCGAGAUGAAACGUAAAAACAUAUGAAACACUAUUUUUACAAAUGAGGUGGAAACUGUAGCUUUUUGUUUGAUCUCGAGCUGCAAAACUCAUUUCUGUUUAACUGCUUUUUGUGAAUAAACUGACCACAGCAAAAUCAAGUCUUAGUGUAAAGAAAAUCUUAUCUUUUUCUUUUCAGCUUUGUAUUUAUUUUGACCGUUUAUGUGAUUCUUCUUUUUUCCACAUUGGCUGCUCUGAGCUUGUAACUGACACUUGUACAAACAUAGGACGAUAAAGAGGCGGAGUAACACACUUGUUGUAUCCCUGCAGAAAGCUGAGCAAUAAAACUAUGCUGUUUGGACCACACAGCAGUAUGUUUUAUACAAA